AUGUUAAAAAAUUGUUUUCUACCCGUGAAUUACAAUAAACCAACAAAAAUUUGUGGUGAAAUAGUAUAUCAAAGCUUUGACGAAUUCAUAUUUACAUGUAAAUUGUGUAAAAUUAAAAUAUUUGAUUAUUUCGAUUUUGUACAACAUCUGAAAGAUGCCCAUGAAAGUGAGUUGCUGGGAGAGGUCAGCAAGAGCAAUAAUGACCAAUCAACCCAAUCAUCGUCAUUAUUUAAAAACGAACCUGUGGAGGAAAUUGAAGAAAUACACUAUAUUUUAAAACGUAGUGCGAGUGUUUCUUCAAACAAUGACCAGCAGGUAGGCAUAUCAACAAUGGAUUAUCCUGAUGAAGAUCCAUUUAACGAUGAUGGCAAUGAUUGUAAUAAUGAUAAUGAGGAUGAUGAAGGAGGCAAGCAGGAAGACAACGACAGAGAUUCUAUGGAUACAGAUGAUGCAGAAGAAAACGAAGCUAAAAGUAUAUUAAGAUCUGAACGUAAGCCCAAAGAAUUCACCUGUGACACUUGUGAAAAGAAUUUUACCAGCAAACGUAAUCUGAAUUUGCACAUAAAAAUGUCACACCUAAGAGAUAGGCCCUACAAAUGUGAUUACUGUGACAAAUCGUUUUUCGACAACACUACUUUGCAGAAUCAUAUUGCCCAACAUACCGGCUAUGCUUGCCCGACAUGCCAUAAAUCUUUCACGACUAAACGUAAUUUAAAACGCCACUCCUUUACGCACAUCGAAACCAAGGAAUUCGUAUGUCCAGUGGAAAAUUGUGGUAAAGCUUUUUCUAGUCAGAUUUUUCUCAAAGAGCACGAACGUACACACAAAACCGAUGUACUUAUAUGCGAGGAAUGCGGAUAUAAAUGUCGCAAAAGGGCAUAUUUGAUUGUACAUAAACGCAAUCAUACUGGCGAGAAACCGUUUGCUUGUGAAUUAUGUGAUCGUCGGUUUGGGUCGAAACCCCUGCUGAAUGAACACAUUGCCACGCAUGACGCGGGUCGAAAUCAUAUCUGUGAUGUUUGUGGAAAAGGUUUUAACCGACCGAAGGCCCUAUAUCAUCAUAAACAUUUGCAUUUGGGUAUCAAGAAGUACGUGUGUAAAAUAUGUAAUCAAGCCUAUGCCCAGGCGGCAGGUUUGUCGGCCCACAUGCGGAAACAUCGUGAAGAAUCGGGUAUAUUUUCGAAUGAGAUCUCUACACAUUUAAAUUGUUUUCCCGGGUUCAACAAAAGAGAAGAAUAUAUUUUCUGA